AUGUCGAGCACAUCGCAAAAACAUAGAAAUUUUGUUGCUGAACCCAUGGGUGAAAAACCUGUCACAGAUUUAGCUGGAGUGGGAGAAGUUUUAGGAAAGCGGUUAGAAACAGCAGGGUUCGAUAAGGCCUUUGUAGUAUUGGGUCAAUUUUUGGUUCUUAAAAAAGAUCGUGAACUAUUUCAAGAAUGGAUGAAAGAUACUUGUAAUGCAAAUUCAAAGCAAUCCACAGAUUGCUACCAGUGCCUAAAAGACUGGUGUGAUGAAUUCUUGUAA